CCAUGCCCGUCGGGGCGGCCCCGCCAUGGCGCCACGCUGCCUCGUAUUCGCUCUCCCGCCGUCCCCGCCAGGCCCUGGCCUCGUUGUGGGGCCUGGCGCGCGCCCCACGUCGCCCUCUGGCGACACUCACGCCCCUGGGCCGAACAGACGGCGGCCUCGACGGCGAGUACAGCGUGCCCGCGCGGCGUCACGGGGCACCACCUCCUGGCCGCUGGGGAGGGAGGGCAGGGCCGCCGGGGCGCGGCGCCGCGCCGCGCCGCCCCCUGGGGGCCGGAGGACGGAGCCACAGCCCGCGCAGGUCUCGACGGGGCACAGACCGGCCGGCGGGGAAGACGAGGUGCGGGCUCCCGCAGCAACCCCCGCUCGCCGCGGUCCUCUCCACGGACCCGGACGGCCCGCCAGCCCCGUCCCGCCGCACCCCCGGGCCCCGUAGACCGCGCGCCCCACCCGCGGCGUCGCAGUGCAUGGGUCGGGGCAGCGACCAACGGCCGGCAGCACCACCGUGCCCACUUCCCGGGCCUGGCGAGGACGCCGGAAGCGCUGUCCUGCCAGGAAGGCCGCGUGGGUGCGCAAGGUAUCCAGCACAGGGCCUGGUACAGAAUAAAUGCUUUGGGGCGCUUGACACUCAUCACACUACCCCUGCCCUCCCGAGGCUCCACAUCUAUGUAUCAGAUGGAAACCAGAGUCACAAAUGGAGACAGAUUCAGAGACUCAACCUGAAAGGAGACAGAAGAGGCAGAGAGCUACAGGUUGCAUGGCACCAGGAUGGCAAAGCAGCCUUAUGAAGUGAGUAUGAUUAUCUCAUUUGAGAGAUGAGGACACCGAGGCUCAGAGAGAGAAUGUAACACACCCAGAAUGACACUGGUGAGUGACAGCUGGGGCUAUUGACUUGAAACUGUUGACUACGGCUGGGCGUGGUGGCUCACACCUAUAAUCCCAGCACUUUGGGAGGCGGAGGCGGGUGGAUCACCUGAGGUCAGAAGUUUGAGACCAGCCUGGCCAG